AUGGCAAAGGCCCCUCAAGAUUUGCAAAUUGCCAUUCUGGGCGCUGGCAUGGGCGGUUUGACCACUGCUCUGGCUCUGGCUCAGCGUGGCUUUAAGAAUAUCGACGUCUAUGAGAAUGCGCACAACCUUGGCUUCGUGGGCGCCGGCAUCCAGCUGGCCCCGAACAUGGCUCGCGUCCUGGAUGGACUGGGUGUCUGGCGAGGCAUUGAGGCUGAAGCUGUGAACAUUGAGGAUACUUCUGUUCGAGUUGGCGCAACCGACAGCGAGCUGGCUCAUGUCGAGCUGCAGUAUAUCGAGAAGUCCUAUGGCUACAAACAUAUGGUGGGACACCGUUCGUCCCUCGCCAACGGUCUCUACCAGGGCUGCUUGAAGCACUCCUCCAUUAAGUUUCACUUCGCCAUCAACGCUGAGAACGUGGAUUCGUUCGGCCCCCGGCCCUCAUUCACCGCCGUCCCCCGCGACGAGGGCAAGACUCCCUUUAAGGUGGAAUGUGACGUGCUGCUGGCGGCUGAUGGAAUCAAGAGUCAGACUCGCGUUGAGAUGCUUAAGCGUCUGAAUGUCAACGUGGGCGUCAAGGACACCAACCAGGCCGCCUACCGAAUCAUGAUCCACAAGGAGCAGAUCAAGGAUGACCCUGAGCUCCUGGAGCUCAUCAACAGCAACACUGUCACUCGCUGGAUCGGCGAAAAGCGUCACAUCAUCGCCUACGCCGUUUCCAACAACACCAUCUACAACCUCUCCACCGCCCAGCCGGACAGCAACUUCGCCGCCGCAACCAACGCCACCUAUACCACCCAGGGAUCCAAGAAGGCCAUGCUGGAAGUGUUUGGCGACUUCUGCCCCAAGGUUCUGCGUAUGCUCGACUAUGUCCCCGAGGGCGAGGUGUGCGAAUGGAAGCUGCGUGUUCAUGAUCCGCUCCCAACCUGGAUCCAAGAGAGCACUGCCCUGGUCGGUGAUGCCUGCCACCCAACCCUGCCUCACUUGGCUCAAGGUGCCGCCCAGGCCAUCGAGGACGGCGCCGUGCUGGCUGUUGUCCUGAGUCGCCUUCCUGACACCACCCCCGAAUCCAUCAAUAAGGCCCUCCGUGUCUACGAGAAGGUCCGCAAGGGCCGUGCCGAGGCUUUGGUCGAAAUGGCCGCCGCCUCCGGUCGUGCUCUGCACCUGGGCGAUGGUGCCGCGAAGGAGGAGCGUGACCGCCAGUUUGCCGCGCUUCGACAGGGCAAGGGCCCCGUGCCAGACAAGUGGGCUGAUGCCGAUGUCCAGCGGGAGAUCUACGGAUUCGACUGCACUAAGGUCGCAGAGGAAAACUUUGAUGAGUACUUCUCGCAAAUGUAA